AUGGCAGAAAUCGACAUCCCGCGCGGGAACGGCAGUGUCGUGAACGGUUUAGGCGAGACCAGCGGCGUCAAAGGCUUGACGAAGUGUGUGACUGUAGCUGUGAUAGGUGCAGGGCAGCGCGGACAGAUAUACGCCGAGUACGCGCUGCAGCGGCCGGACGCGAUGAAGGUUGUAGCUGUAGCUGAGCCGAGACCGCAUCGCCGCAAGGUCACGUCUCGUGCUCAUAGUAUAACGCCCGAGAUGCAGUUCCCGGACUGGAAGGAGAUGUUAGCAAAGGGGAGGAUCGCCGACGCGGUGACGGUCUGCGUUCUGGACGACCUACACGCUGAGGUAGUGUCCGAAUGUGCCAAGCUGGGGUAUCAUAUCCUGUGCGAGAAACCUAUGGCUACGAAGGUGGAGCACUGUGUGCAGACGGUGAAGGAUGUACAGGCUCAACCUGGGACUAUCUUUGGCGUUGGACACGUUCUCCGCUACUCACCCUACAACCGCGCUGUGAAAGCCGUGAUCGACUCGGGCGCCCUCGGCGAGAUCAUCAACAUCCAGCACAUCGAGCCUGUCGGAAACCAGCACUUCGCGCAUUCCUACGUCCGGGGCAAUUGGGGCCGGGAGGCCGAGACGACCUUCGCACUCAUGUCAAAAUCAUGCCACGAUAUCGAUAUUCUCUCGUACUACCUCUCUGGCCUCACACCCGUCAAGGUCCACUCGUUCGGCUCGAUCGGGCACUUUAAGCGGUCCAAAAAGCCCAAAGACGCCGGCGGGGCCACGCGGUGCUUGGAGUGUCCGUACGAAGCGCAGUGCGUCUGGUCCGCCAAGAAGAUCUAUGUGGAGCCGUUGAGCCAGACAGAGGACCGCGAGAGAUGGGCGCGGCAUGUCGUCGAUGCGGAUGUGCUGGAUAUUGAGAAUGUCACCGAGGCGCUCAAGACCAGUCCGUAUGGACGGUGCGUGUAUGAAGCGGGGAACGACGUGGUCGAUCAUCAGGUGGUGAAUAUUGAGUAUGAGGGGGGCGUCACGGCGAGUAUGACGAUGAGCGCUUUCACGGAGGCGGUAUGUGAUCGCGGGACGAGAAUACAGGGCACAAAAGGCGAGCUUGUGGGCGAUAUGGUCAACUUUACUGUGUUUGACUUCUUGACGCGCACCAAGACCGUACAUAACCCGCCAAACGAGGGCGGGGGACACGGCGGCGGCGACCUGGGCCUCUCCCGCGCAUUCGUCCAGGCCGUAGCGGAGGGUGAUCAGGCGGUGCUUGGCGUGACGCCCGAGGAGGUGCUCAAUUCGCAUUUGUUGGUGUUUGCGGCGGAGAAGGCGAGGAGGGAGGAACGGGUCGUACGGUUUGAGGAGUUCAAGAAGGGGGCGAUGACGGGCGAGGAUGUGUUUUGA